UCACAAUUUAGUGUCCUUUGUCUGAACAAAAUCAUCUUAUUAAACAAUUCCUCGGAAUGAAAGGGUCCACUUUUUACAAUCUUAUCUUAUAGUAGCCAAUAGGCAUCGUUUGACUACAGUAUACCUUUCAACGCUAUCCACAUAACUGAUUCCCCCUACUUUGAUGCAAUCGCUAUAGAGAAGGAAAAUGGCUCAUUCACAUAACCCCAAAGUAUACCUUGACAGUAGGACACUGAGAAAGAGUCAUGGCACAUUCCCUGUCUGCAGCGGCAGCAAUGGCGGGGGCGGCGUCUACUACAACAGCAGCACCAACACCCUUCUCCACAACAACCUAUAAGAAGAGUCAUUUUGCAUGUGUUAGUGUGAGGGCAUCCCAUGAAGAUUCAAACGAUGAAAAGAGCCUCAACAGAAGGACAUUGAGCUUGGGGUUGGGUGGUGUAGCUCUUGGGUUGAAUGGUGGUGAGUGGAGUGCAAGAGCAGCAGCUAGAAGGCCUCCACCUUCACCCCAAGAAGAGAAAAAGGACCCAAAUUUGAGUGGGCUUCAGGCUAAAGUAGUAGCUAGCAAAAAGAGGAAGGAAGCCAUGAAGGAGGAAAUGGCCAAGCUUAGGCAGAGAGGAAAGUCAGUUCAAGCAACCCCUGCUCAGGCUCAACCUCAGCCACAGACUGAACCUCAAUCUCAACCUCAACCUCAGGAGCAAUCUCAAUCUCAAGCACUGGAUGAACCUCAACCACCCUCUCAAUCUGAAUAGUCACACCAUUUUUAAAUAUGUUGUUGUCUCUAUUUUUGUAUUUUAAUGGAACAACCAUCUGAGGAUAUUAUUCCUUUUUCGUAUUUUUUUUUUCCUUCAAACAAUGUAUCAUUUCAAUAAAACAAAGGAUCCUUUUACCAGAGGAGAAAUGAGAACCCCCGCCAAAAAAGAAAAUUAUAUCAUUGUAUGGUAUGGAUGUAAAUUCUAACAUGGUUGCUUAAUAGUCAGUUAUUUUGCCCAA